CCAGGGGGCGCUGCCGCCGCCUUCCCGCCGCGCCCGCCGCCGCCGCCGCCGCCCGCCUUCGAGCCCCCGCGGCCUGCACCAUGGAGGCCCCCCCCGUCACCAUGAUGCCCGUCACGGGCGGCACCAUCAACAUGAUGGAGUACCUGCUCCAAGGGAGCGUUUUGGACCAGAGCCUGGAGAGCCUGCUGCACCGCCUGCGCGGCCUGUGCGACAACAUGGAGCCGGAGACGUUUCUGGACCACGAGAUGGUGUUCCUGCUGAAGGGGCAGCAGGCCAGCCCCUUCGUGCUGCGGGCGCGGCGGUCCAUGGACAAGAGCGGGAUGCCCUGGCACUUGCGCUACCUGGGCCAGCCAGAAAUAGGCGACAAGAACCGCCACGCGCUGGUGCGCAACUGCGUGGACAUCGCUACUUCAGACAACCUGACGGACUUCCUGGUGGAGAUGGGCUUCCGCAUGGACCACGAGUUUGUGGCCAAAGGGCACGUGUUCCGCAAGGGCAUCAUGAAGAUUGUGGUGUACAAGAUCUUCCGCAUCCUAAUGCCGGGAAACACGGAGAGCAUCGAGCCCCUCUCCCUCUCCUACCUGGUGGAGCUCAACGUGGUAGCGCCAGCAGGACAGGACGUCGUUUCUGAUGACAUGAGGAACUUUGCUGAGCAACUGAAGCCUCUAGUACACCUGGAAAAAAUUGACCCCAAAAGGCUAAUGUGAUUGAAGAGCUGGGCAGUUAAGGCACUGGUUUUAUUAGUGUUCCUGAUGAGGGCGUUUUUCUAAAAUGCCUUUUGAAGGCAGUUCAAAACAGGGAGAGGGGAAUAAAGUACUACAUUUUAGUGUUUUGUCAGUUGCGAUUACUGAGUGUUUUCUCCUUCACUUGUGGAUGUGAACAAAAGUGUAUGCUUUAAACUAAUGCCAUUCAAAACAUCACUAAAUGCUGUUAUUGAUAGUUUUCCUUCUCCUGUUGGGGAGAUACCUAAUAGAAAGCAUACUGUAUAACAACCUAAAAAUGUUGAACUUACUGGAAUUCAUCCUGUGUACCCACAUCCAGGUGCUGCUUGCUUUUAAUUUUUUUUUUAAGCAUCAUUCCUGUAUCCUACCCAGUCAUCCAAAAUUUUUAUUUCAAGUAAUAUAUCAAGUUAAUAUCCCUUUAAUGCAGGAGGAGUUUAACACAAGCAUAAACCCAGGAAUUACACAGUAUAAAGAGCAAAGGUGCACCUAUUUGCAAUUGAAUAGUAAAGUAAUAGCAUGUGUAACAGGAACAGCCGGGACACAAGAUACUUUAUAGUGAGACCGUUCCUGAUAUAACUAAAGUUAUAAUUGGAAAACAAUUUAGCAAUUUUAACAAUUGCAAGAGGAUUUCAGAUCUUUUAAUACUGUUACAUCUUUUUCACUUGAGUUGGGUAUGACAGUCUUAGUUAAUGAGAAAGCACUAAGUUACAUGGGGGUUUUAUUACGAGACUUUUACACCUGACAUCAGUAUUGAAAAUUGGCACAUUACGAUUAAGAUCAUCAUACAGCUGCUGAUUGAAAUAGUGAUGAUUUUGUUUAGCACCUCUCUUGAUAGUGGGAUGGUUAGUUACCCUCCUGGUAUUUCAGUGAUAUUUGAAUUAGGUUUGAGAGUUUUCAAAUACAGUUCAAACAAAAAAGAGGGUUGGGAAAAAUGACAAAAUGAGGCUUCUUUAAAUUUCUCAAGUUCUUUACAGAAGGCAACCAUUUUACCUGUUACUAAAAUGUACCAACCUUUGUCAGAGAUGCUGCCACCCUUUGGCACCAAACAACUCUUUAUGUAACAACUAAAGGCAAAGACCACUCCCACAAAAAGCUUCAAAAAAAGCCUUUUACAUUAAGGGCUGCGUUUUCAACACUGGAGUCUGGAGAAGAUAAGCCAAGACAACUGGGUUAGCGCUCACCAAGCGCAGUGUCUCAGUGUUCCACUGGUGUAGGGUCGACAUACGGGGUGUGGGGACAAGCGAGUACUUGAACACCGGCUGGAGAGCACCUUUACGCUGAGUAAUACCCCGACUGCUCAUCACCUAGGCUGGAAAUAUUUUCUGGAUGGUACGGGCACACCUACAAUUCUUCUGUUCUUACUCAGGCAUGACUCGCCCUCCUCAGACAGCAUGGCUAUCCUGGCCCUUCGAGUCUGGAAUUCUUUAGGAUACUGUUAAAGGGCAUAAAUUCCCUGGGGGUGAGGGGUAGGUCCCAGAGCUCUGCCUGUAGCCAGGAGCUGAACUUGCUGUGAUGCACUGAGAUUCAGUUGUGCUCCUCAGGGCUGUUGUCACAUCCUGCCACUGUAGCACUGGUUAGAAAUCGCCACAGUCUUCCACAAUCCACCGUUUGUCUCUUGUGGCACGAAAUUUUAGAAGUCCAGUGGAUCAGAAAAGUUGAAAGUUGUGCCAGCAUCUGAAAGGGUAGGUACUCAUAAGUACAAAGAUACAUAAAAAGCAGGAAGUACAGAAGUCUUUCCUGUUGCAUCUGAAAGGAACUCACUUGGUAAUUUACCUUCCAACUUUCUAAGUGGAGGGGAGAACAAAUUGCAGAGUGUUUAUGUUAAUGUAAUUGUGAGAGAGAGGAGAAUCCCACAUGGAAUUUCAGACAAACUAGCCAAAGCAAAAGGAGACUGAAUGGAAGGUUCCUAAUUGUAGUGUUUACACUUCUGAUGGCAAUAGGUCUGACUAUUGCUUGGUCUAAGUUCUCAAACAUAAAAAUGAUCAUUUAAAUAGUUCUUUUUAAGGAGAAUUAGUUUAAACCUGGUUUGGUUUUGUCUGGGAUGGGGACACAUUUUCUUCUCAGUAGCUAGAACACUGCUGUAUUUUGGAUUCAGUAUGGAAUUUGUCAUGAGAAGAAUGAUAAUGUGCUGAUGAUUUUAGCUGUUGCUAAGAAAUCAGGCACUUUUCAACUCCUUAUGUCCUGCUAGUGUACACAAGAAGCUGUGAGGGAGCACAGCCACAGCAAUGGACCUAAAUGGGCCAGUGGAAUAGUCGCUAUAAUGCAACAUCAUGCUCAGUGAAUAGAUGAAGGAUGACCAUGAAGCGCUCUCCCUUCUAGGACUGCAGUUCUGGGAUUCUCACUUCUCUGGGAUGGCUAGCUGGGAAUGGCUGGGCAUCGGCCAGCGGGUGGUGAGAAGUCGCAUCGUGCAUUACUCGUUUGCAUUUCCUAUCAUGUUAAUUAUAGUUUAUUUCAAUUA